GUGAAAGGACUGGUGAAGCAACACAUAGACUCCUUCAACUAUUUCAUCAAUGUAGAGAUAAAGAAAAUCAUGAAGGCCAAUGAAAAAGUUACAAGUGAUGCUGACCCAAUGUGGUAUCUGAAGUACCUCAAUAUCUAUGUGGGUACUCCAGAUGUGGAAGAAAGCUUCAACGUGACACGACCCGUAUCACCUCAUGAGUGUCGCCUGAGGGACAUGACCUAUUCCGCCCCGAUUACGGUGGAUAUUGAAUACACACGAGGUAGCCAGAGGAUCAUCCGCAAUGCAUUGCCUAUUGGCAGGAUGCCUAUAAUGCUGCGUAGCUCCAACUGUGUUCUUACUGGGAAAACUCCAGCAGAAUUUGCCAAACUUAAUGAAUGUCCUUUAGAUCCAGGUGGCUAUUUCAUCGUUAAAGGUGUAGAGAAAGUAAUUCUUAUUCAAGAGCAGCUGUCCAAGAACAGAAUCAUUGUGGAAGCUGACCGAAAAGGCACAGUUGGCGCUUCUGUUACCAGUUCCACUCAUGAGAAGAAAAGCAGAACAAAUAUGGUUGUGAAACAAGGAAGAUUUUACCUGAGGCACAACACUCUGUCAGAAGAUAUUCCCAUUGCUAUCAUAUUUAAG